AUGACGACCCUUCGCAUCUCGAAACGGACACGAAUUGGACAAUGGAACGUUAGGACUCUGAUGGAGCCAUCCAGAUUGGCGCAGUUGGAGAACGAGAUGGACCGACUGCAGAUCGCAAUUGCUGGCAUCAGCGAGAUGAGAUGGAGUGGGAAGGGAGCAACAACAACAUCACAAAGUAAUCUAGUGUUGCAUAGCGGAAGCAGUGAUGGUGGACGAAAUGGAGUAGGGAUUUAUGUUUCGAGGACACUUAUCUCCUGGAACCCCGUCUCUGACAGAAUCAUCACCGCCAGAUUCCGAUGCAACGCCAGGCACAUCACCAUCGUGCAAUGCUAUGCCCCAACAGAAGACGCCAGCGAUGACAUCAAAGACGACUUCUACAACGCACUCAUCUCAUCCCUCAACAAGGUCAUAAGAGGCGACAUCAAGAUUCUCAUGGGUGACUUCAAUGCGAAAGUCGGCCCCAACAACACCGGAUUGGAAUCAACCAUGAAUGGCAACAGCACUACGCGAACAGUUGGCACCACAGCGGAACUGCCCUUGGGAACAAACUUGCAGACUACUGAGAAGUACCGCAGAGGAGAUGCUUGGCACGAGACAACGCAGCUGCUCUGA